ACCGUGUUACAUCUCUUAAGUCUCUUUUAUUUUAGGAAAGUGCCCCUGCUCAGGAACUUCUGAAGACCACUGGCUGUUUUCUGGUGGAAUGCCGCCCAGUCUGGAUUUGUCUGAUUGCUCCCUCAGUUCCUCAGUUCGCUGGUUGCCGUCUAUCCUUAAGGGGAAACUGAGGCUCAGAGAAGAGAAUGACUUAUCCAAGAUCACCUGACAGUAGAUGAUUUGCUGCGAUGUGGAAUUUGCUUUGAAUAUUUCAACAUUGCAAUGAUGAUUCCUCAGUGUUCACAUAACUACUGUUCUCUCUGUAUAAGAAAAUUUCUGUCCUAUAAAACUCAAUGUCCAACUUGUUUUGUGACAGUCACAGAGCCAGACCUGAAAAAUAACCGUGUAUUAGAUGAACUGGUAAAAGGCUUGAAUUUUGCACGGAAUCAUCUGCUGCAGUUUGCGCUGGAAUCACCACCCAUGCCUCCUGCUUCCUCCUCUUCAAAGAACCAUGCUGUCAAAGUGCAUAAUCCUCUUGCCUCCAGACAUUCUCUAAAGCAGGGGAUCAGGUUAAUGGACAAUUUCUUGGUCAGAGAAAUUGGUGAUUCUACAUCAGAUUUGUUGAUAAAAGAAAAUGAAAGGAAAGUCAACCCUCAAAAAAAAGCAAGCACUUACGCAGAGACCAGAGAGACAGCUUCUCUAGAAAAGAUGGUUUCAGGCCCUUCAGGUGCUAAUGUUCCUGAGACACCCUCUACAUCUACCUCGAAACAAGUUACUAAAGUGGAUUGUCCUGUUUGUGGGGUUAAUAUUCCAGAAAAUCACAUUAACAGUCACUUAGACAGCUGUUUGUCACGUGAAGAGAAGAAGGAAAGCCUCAGAAGUUCUGAUGACAAAAGGAAGCCAUUGCCCAAAAUGGUGUAUAACUUGCUCUCCGAUCGUGACUUAAGGAAAAAGCUAAAACAGCAUGGAUUAUCUGUUCAAGGAAAUAAACAACAGCUCAUUAAAAGGCACCAAGAAUUUGUACGCAUGUACAAUGCUCAGUGUGAUGCUUUGCAACCUAAAUCAGCUGCUGAAAUAGUUAAAGAAAUUGAAAAUAUGGAGAAGACUAGGAUGCGUCUUGAAGCCAGUAAACUCAGCGAAAGCAUCAUGGUUUUUACAAAGGCUCAAACAGAAGAGGAAAUAGAUGAGAUUCACAGUAAAUACCGUAAAAGGCAUCAUAAUGAAUUUCAGCUUCUGGUGGAUCAGGCCAAAAAAAGAUACAAGGAAACUGUUGGAAUGUCAAAAAAAGAAGAUGACUCUACAGAAAAAUUAUUAUCUUUAAGCAUGGAACAGGAAGAUAAUAAAAUAAAAUUUUCAGAUAUGACCUUGGCAACAAACCACUUCCCUCAGCCAAAGCUGGACUCCCCAGGGAAGUCAGAGCAUGAUAGAGCAGAUGAUUCUUCCACUUGUACUGAAAUUCAAGAAGAAACUCUUUCUCCCCCAGAAUCAGGUUCAUGUAAUAGUUCCAGUUCAGACAUCAUCAGAGAUAUUCUAGAAGAAGAGGAAGCCUGGGAAGCGUCACAUAAAAGUGAUCUUCAAGACACAGAAAUAAGCCCAAGACAGACACCUUGCCCAAGAACAACUGAAAGUGCUGAGAUUGAACCAAGAAAUAAACGUUAUAGGAAUUAGUGUGGGCCUUUGCUGAGUUUUCAGAUGCAGCAAUUAGAAUAUGAUACUUUAUGUUGCCAUAUAUAUUUCAUAUUUAUAAAUGCCCAAGAGGAGAUGUUGAAUUCUAAAUCUCUAAAUACAUCAUUCCUUGUUGCUUUUCCAGCAAAAAAAGGAGUUAUAAAUAUCCUUACUACCUUACCCAGUCAUUUACCUCCCACCUCUAAAACAUCUCACCCUGAAAAUAUUCACAUCCACAUGUUCACUGGCUUUCCAGAGUGGACAGAUUAUUGGGCAAAGGGGUUUUGUUUGCUUUGCUUUUAAAUUUCAGAAUGUCCAUAAGCCAUUUUCUUCUCUUCCAUGGAGAAACCAACUUGAGAAAAGGAUUGGUUUCAAGUUCUCUGUCACAAGGAGCAGUUGAAGAUUUAAGAGCCUCUUUAAUUUUGAAAGGCAGGAUGUCAUUGUUCAAAGCCUUGGUGUGUGUAAGCACCUGAUGUUUGGAUGCCAGUAUGCCUGUUGCCAGUUAUACGGUUGUCAUCUUCCCAGAUUAAUGUAGUAGUUUGGUAGACCGGUGUCUUACACAUUACUUGGAAUAGGACAAUAUUAUAAUUUAAAGAAGUUCACAAACAGUAACUUUGAAACAUUGAGCAUAUUCUGAAAUAGUACUUAAAAAUGAUUACUGUAGUAUUUUCUUUCCACGUGGAUAAAUUGAAUCUUUAAUGCUUUGAAUCCUAGCUAUAUUAAACAAAAAAUAUGCAAUAAAUGGAUUUUGUCAAUUUAAAAUAAAGUCCUCGA